AUGGAGCACAAUACCUCGAGCACCCCGUCCGAAGCGGAGGAGAAUUAUUUAUCAACCCCGGAACUGCUCCAGCUGCUUGCGACUGGCCACAGGAAAAUCGCAGAAGUGUUUGUCAAAGCAGCAAAAGAUCAUGGCUGGAAAUACUUGGACAGCUCUAUGGAUGAUGAGAUGGCUGUGGCUCGCUACAUGGAAGGACUGCGCAAAGCCGACGAGCACCUCAUCGACAGGCUGAUCAAGCAAGGGGCCGCACCAAAGGGGAGGUUCGAGAAAUGUCUCUCAGAUCCCGAAGUGCACGAGAAGAUUUUGGCAUCUAUCUACAUGCCCCGCGAGGACUCAACAGCGAAGGACGGACAGUAG